AUCACUUCACCUUUUAACCUCUGAGCACACACAUCUCAAGAAGUCUAUCUCCUAGAGCCCCAACGACUCUUAUGUCGUGCUUAAAUCUACAUAUGUACCGGGAAUUACCAAUCUGCGCUUAUGUACCUGGUCACAUACCUGGUAAAUACUAGAUAGUAUGCUGGGCCACCGAUGAAGGAGGGUCAUGCAGGUCCGGUUGCGUUCGUGACGCACGUCCCCGUCUACCCCGUCCUAAGAGAACCAGGCCGUGUAUCAGAUCCCGCCCUACCACACAGCACAUUGAUAAUGCUGCUACUUCCCAAACGCUUUUUGCAAGUGUGAAAGUGUAACUGUUAUUAUCCUCUACCCACAACCGUCACCAGAAGUUAAUAUGCCAGCAAGACCGAGCUCAUCCAAGGGCUCAAGCUCUAAGAGUUUGACUGGCAGUAGCUUUCAAUAUGAUAAAAGAAUGUCCAGGGACGACUCUUACGUCAACUUGAGAGGAAAUGGAACCGGAUUUAAGGCAUAUGGCAUGGCACGAGGACAGCUACCUACGCCAGAAACAAGUCCACGAUCAUUACAUCUUCCACGAAAAGCAUCCGCUCCAACUGUGAGGAUGCCUACUCCUGAAUCUCUCAACGAGGGCCAUCCUCUGGAAAUCGGUAUGGCCCUGGGGAGUCCAUCGAGAACGCCAAUGAAUGGGAGCUUGCGAGCACCACCGUCCUCUCAUCAAACUCGGCAGAUUUCAACUUCAGCUGGGAUUUCACCCGCAUCUGGAAUUAGUACCACUGAUCCCGUCGAAAAGUCUCUCAAGAGAAAGCCAUCGGCAAAGUGGAACAUAUUUAGUAGAUUUGGAAGAAAAUCUUCCGGCCAUUCGAAUUCGGAGACGAGCGAGCAGAAAGAUAUUCCUAGGUCUGAGCCACCUCGAGAUGCAACAAUUCAAUCCCAGUACGAGACCAAGGUAGAGAGGAGUAACACGGUUAUUACACGUGGGGCGCCGAAGCAUAAGCCAACGGUAUCCCGAUCUCAAACAAUGCCUUAUAAUACAGACAGCUCACCACAAGCACAAAAGUCGAUGCUGAGCGUAAAGGGAUCAAAGGAAACGUUUGGGAGCAUACCGAUCGCAUUAGAUACCAACCCAUGUUCUUCUGGGCCUUUGUUAAACGUGGAGAUUCCAUCGAUUAGGAUGGAAAGGUAUAGUGUGAUGUUUGGGAGUGUUUUACAACCCCAGCACCCGCAGCCUCAGUCGCAGCCUCAGUCGCAACCUCAGUCGCAACCAUCCCUAUUAGCCAGAAGGCAGGCUACUCUUCAAAAACUGAAGAGCAUAGAUGACGCUAUAGAGAACGAAGGGGGGAAACAAAGUGAUAUACCCAGGAGACAAUCAUCUCCUCACCCUACGUCACGAUCACCGGGUUUUGCCUUAUUCCCUCCAACUCCUCUGAACAAGCCGGAUUUUGCUACAUCUCACCCAUCUCCAAGGCUUAGAUCUAAUACGGCCCCCGGACCUCUCCCAUCUCCUUCACAAACGACUUUCAAUCGACACUCACAAAAUCUCAAGCUGCCGUCCAAUGAUGGACCGGGAAUCCGCCACAAGGAAUCCGUUGUGCAUCCUCAACAAAGGGGCAAGCUUACCAUUGCCACUUUAGCUAAGGCAAGAGAACAGCAAGCUGCCACCAGGGACGCCCAGUUCAGUCCUGAUCAGUCGCAUCUCAUUCUGGAAUCGCCUUCAGAUAUAUCAUCUCCUGAAUUAGAAAUAGUCAGGACGCAAUCUGUACGCCCGCGAGCUUCGUUCAUGCAGGAGCCUAAGUGGCAGAUGGUGACGCCACCAACACAUACACCAUCUACUACAGCAUCUUCCUUGACAAGCGAUAGGAAACUCUCACCGUCCUCGCCAACAUCCUCUACUCAUUCCAACCUUUCUCAGGCAUCUCAAGACGACGACCCCUUAGAAAAUAGCGCGAACAUGAACCCCGUUGAGCUAUCGAUUGCGCGACAGAUCUCCGUCUCUAGACAGCAACGGAAGAUGCUGAAACCGCUGCAAACAGCGUUUUCCACGUCACCAAGACCGCGGGCGAGUCCCUUGAAGUCUAACCCCGUACCUAAGAUAGCGAUGGGCAAGAACGAGAGGCUGGCAGAGACAAAGGCUGCCACUCCAACCCUUGUCGUGCCCGGGGAGACCAACGAGUCCAUGGCGCAGCAUCGGAAGAGCGAGCGCAUCGUUUUGGAAGGAGCUUGAAGCCACAAACCACACCCCUAGACUAUCAGCACAUCGCUUUUUCUUCCCCCUUUUUUCAACAUAAUAAUUUUUUUCGCUUCAUCCGGAUUUGAGAUUCGCGUUCACUUCUUCUACCCUGGGUACCAUACCGGAUAGGCGUUUAUUCGGUACCUCCCCUUUUUGUUUCUUUUGUAUUAUCAUCAUUAUCAUUCUCGGAGCAUUCAUAGACCGGUUUGGGGAGAAAGGAAAGGAAAGGGAGCGAGAUGGGUGGGCUGGUGGGAGAGGUUUUUUACUUGAAGGAACCUACACUCAUCC